AUGGCUUCGGAGUUGUUGGGUGCUUUUAGGGAGUUUGACCCUUCGGCCGAGACUUUUACAGUUUAUGCAGAAAGACUCGAUCAGUUCUUUGUUGCUAAUAAAAUUGGAAUUGUUCCUAUCGAUGCAUCCGCGGCAAUCACCGCAGCGGCGGAAGAUAAAGAGGUCGCCGUAUUGAUUUCAGUAAUUGGCUGGAAGACUUACAAUCUUACAAUCCUUCGUGAUUUGUGCAGUCCGGUGUCCCAGCGGAUUUGACCCCCUCCGCGGAUUUGGACCCCCCUAACAAAACUGAGUGAAAACAUCAUCCUUAACGUUCUAAUAAAAAUGGAUGAUACUUUACGUUCCAGAGCGUACUAAAGUAUGUUUUCAAUUCAAAACAUGCGUAUCGUUAAUGCAUACGAACUGGCAUUCCGUCGGAUGUUUCUUUUGACCAAGGGAAAAUGGACAAGAAUUUAGUUUAAUGUCUGGAGAGAGGUCGUUUUUGAACCUUUUCCGCGAUAGUCGAACACCGUUAGAUUCAAUAAGAAACAAACUUGUGACACUAAUUUAUUUUGUCAUUGUUCAAUGCCCGAGUGUUGGGACGACAUGGUACAGUGCGAGGGAUUUAAGACUGCCUCGGAGGACGAGUGGCUUUGCAUUGUCUGCAGAUUGCCAGACUCUAGACGUCUUUCGGAUCCCUCAACAGUUAAUGAUCGUUAAAAUUAGAAAAUAAGAUUGAGUUCGAUGUAAUAGUCUCCACUUUUGUUAAGACGUUGACAUUAACGUUGAUUUGCAUCUGAAAAUAAGCUGAGAGUUCCAAUAGUUCAGAAAAGAAACAUUUUUACUCAUCAUAGGCUUUACGAAAGACUUGUAAUAUGAGUAGUUUCUUCGUUCUUGUUCAAAAACGUUAUUAACGUUUAAACGUUAAACGUUUAACGUUAUUAUUUUAGAAAAUCAGACUGAGUUAUUUUUGUGACUGGACGCAAUAGUCUCCACUAUUGUUAUGACGUUUCGUACCAAUGUUGAUUCGCAUCAGAAGAAGCAAAGAUUUAUUGCAACAAUUUCAAUAGUUCGAAUGCAGUAGUUUGUUCACAUCUAAUUCUUGCGUAUACAGUUCGACUCGCUACAAUGAAUGCGGUAGAAUUGGAACGAAAUGACUGUUGUUUUUUUUUUACCUUUAUUGAGGAAAUGUUGUGUUGUGAUUGAAAAGAACAUCGACAAAAAAGCUUGCAAAUAGAAUUAGUUACCAAAUAUGAUACAAAGGAUGCUUAAAAGGAAAGUUUGGUUUGGGUCCAAAUCCGUAGGGGGUCCAAAUCCGCCAUGACACCGGCAAAUCCGAAAGACAAAACGUUCGAGCAGUUAUGUGAGUUACUACAACACCAUUUUAAACUUAAACGACUGAAGGUCGCAUAA